UGCUUCCCCGGCGCUGCAGGUUGAAUCUAUUGCCCCUAUUUCCUGUCACAUGGGUUGGAAACAGGAUCCCUGCUUUCUACUAUCUGGUCCCGUCUUUGUAGUGUCAGCGUAGUAGUAGCUGAAAGACCCGUUUUGAAGUUCAGGGACUUUUUAUAACGCGGACCAAAGAGUGAGCGCUGCACAUAGACCCGGACACUCACACAGAGAGUCAGUCAGUCCACUCCACCCCGCCGGCCUGCGCGCAUCCGUCCGUCAAACUGCGCUUCACCUGAGAUCCUAAAUCGCACCAUGGAUUCCUGGACAGUCACUUCUGCCCUUCUUCUCGCUGGCUUUAUUUCUUCUGCAGCACUUAAUCAUUUCGACACCGAGUGUUAUACUGCCAACGGAGAGGACUACAGGGGCCGCCAGAACCAGACCAGCUUAUAUGGCGGUAAACCCUGUCUUCUCUGGAAUGAGACCUUUCAGCACCCAUACAACACCAACAAAUACCCCAAUGGAGAGGGUGGAUUAGGCAGCCACAACUACUGCAGGAAUCCUGAUGGGGAUGUUCAGCCAUGGUGCUACAUUGCUGAUAAUGAAGAUGGGGUCUACUGGAAAUACUGUGACAUCCCUUCAUGUCAGAUGCCUGGGAACUUAGGCUGCUUCAAAGACAGCGGUAACCCACCCACCCUGUCGGGCACCAGUGAGACGUCCACCAAGCUCACCAUUCAGAACUGUAUCAGCUUCUGUCGCAAGCAGAGAUACAAGCUCGCUGGUAUGGAGUCAGGAUACGCCUGUUUCUGCGGCAAUGAAGUGGACCUGCAUGACCACGGCGAGUCACCCAACAAGGAGUGUAACCAUGUUUGCUUCGGUGACCACACACAGCCCUGUGGCGGAGACGGCUGGGUCAUCAUCUUUGAUACCCGAGUGGGAGCCUGCGGUGGGAAUUACACCUCUCCAUCAGGAGUGAUCUACUCCCCUGAUUUCCCUGAUAAGUACUCAGCUGGCCGUGUUUGCUACUGGACUAUCCAAGUCCCUGGAGCCUCUGCCCUCCUCUUCAACUUCACCUUCUUCGACAUUUCCGAUCAGACAGACAUGGUGGAGCUACUCGAUGGCUACACCAACCGGGUGGUGGCGCGCUUUGACUGGCGCAGCCAGCCACGAGAGCCGGUGAACGUCACUGGUGACUUCGCCAUACUCUACUUCUACUCGGACCGCACGAACCAAGCCCAGGGGUUUGCUCUGCUCUACCAGGCACUGAGAAGCCAAGACACCAGAACAAUGGAGGCUGAAGGAGACGGUGAGGACGAAGGAGAGAACAUCCCCAGCACGACGGGGCCACAGUUGGCUGGUGGCAUCACUGAGAGAUCCAACAGUACCUCGAAUGGACGCUCCCAGAUCCUCUACGUGAUCACGUCCAGCCCCGGUAAACCGGAGCACAACAUGCCAGGUCAGUGGGCUGGACGCGGCGAGACCACCGGCCACAGAGCUAUGUGGACCAUCUACGCGCUGGCUGCCCUCCUGAUACUCACUGUCAUAGCCAUGGUAGCGAAGCUGCUGCUGCAUAUCACAGUCAAGUCGCCCAACAUCCCGACAGUCAGUGGUUCCGACAGCUGCAGCCAGAGCACAGCGUCGUCUGAGCCCUGGAUCAUCCUGUACCGACCCUCCACCAUCUCCCUCUUCAAGAAGAAGCUAAAGAACCACCACGGCGACCUCAGCCCCCUGGUGGGCAACUAGCAUUACUGCUGCACUCAACCAUUAACCAAACGCCACCUCCACCCACAACUAAUCUGUACAAGGGCCACCAGGUGUUAUGUCCUCAGACAAUGAAACUACAUGAGGCGCUACACUAACAAGCCAAUAGCGGAGUGGCUAAAGACAAUGACUGAGUGAUUGCCACUGAAUGGCCCAUGUACCAAACGUGGCUUGGUUCUCCCAGCAUGCUCAGCACCAAAGGAACGAGGGGCUGUCAGUGGCCACGGUGUGGGAGCGGAGAACAGGGAUGGGAUGGGAUGGGAUGGAUGAAAAUCUGUCGCUCUAACAAAAAUACAAGGACGCUUUAGACAUGCAGAAGGUUCCUUCUGCUCGGCAAGGUUCCAUUUCAGUCACCCACCGAUGUCUCUUACAAGCAGCACACGUCCAGACUGCAGGUGCCGAAGAAUGGCUCGCUUCACUGUUCAGUUAUGGACACGCUUCACUGUCACUGUGGCUACCAAAUCAUCGUCAGGACAGUAUGAAGAAACACAUACACACAUACUGUAUGCUGUAACCCUGUAACAGCUCUUUACAGCUCUUUUAACUGCCUCAACCCUUCCAUACAAAGAGUUAUUUGUGUAAUUAUUUGACUUUUAUAUGCAAAGUGCUGGUGUUUCUUUUUGUUGUGCUUUACAUAGAAAAAACAAACAAACUUGCUCUCUGAGGAGAGAGGGAAACAGGAUAUGAAAUGUCUCACAGAAAUUAGAUAUCGCAGCACUUUGGAGUUGAAUCACUUGGUGUAAAAUAAAAACAUCAGAGAGAGAGAGAGAGAGUGCUCUCACCCACACACUUGCUCAGUGCUCAUGUGGAACUGGGUGGAGAGAUGAAGCUGGGGAGGGGGGGGGUGGCAGUCUGUAGACUAACUGCCAUUUAGGGAGAUAUGGGAAGAUCUGAGGGCUUUUUUCCCCUUCUAGUUUGUGGGUGGGAAUCCUUUCCGGUUUGAUGGUGUUCAAGUGCCUUUUGAAUCCCCCUCUUCCACAUCUCAGAUUCCUCACAUCUGUUUCUUUCAUGAAGCGAGUGGGGUCUUACACAAAUAUCUGCACUUUUGGAAAAAAAAAAAAAAAUCUGCGUGGAUGUAAAGAAUUUCAUUUCA